AUGUCACUUUGUAAUAUCUGCCAUCGCUCGACCCAAGAGUGGCUCAUUCCACGCUUGAUCAACAUCAGGCUCAACCAGUCGAAUGUUCCGGAGCCGCUGUAUUGGUGGCAUCAGCCCUCCUGGGAAUCGCUUUCGCAGGCCGCCUCACAAGGUUGUCCACUAUGUUGCCUGAUUGUGGCCGAGGGUAACCGUCCGCAGAGGCCAGACAGGUAUGGCACUCUGAGAAUUCACUCUCGAGAAGUUCAGGACGAGGAUGCUACUCGACUGCGAUGGCAAGUAUCUGGUGGAGGUUGGCUGGAUAUAUUCUCCAAGGAAAAGCAACUCAACCUGUCACUGAGAAUAGCUUUCGACGAUGAGUCCCGCGCCAGGGCUCCCGAAAUAUUACGGGAUGUCUUUAUCAACCGCAAGGUAUCCACCGCACCUAAUGAUGACAGGAAUAUGGCCAACAUACAGCACUGGAUUGAAACGUGUCGCGCAAAUCACCCGGUAUGCUCAGCCUGGGCCAAUCGCAACCCGAAUGGUAAACAUCUUCCAACACGAGUGAUAGAUGUCAGCACAGGCAACGACGAUACAAUACGGCUCUGUAUCACUCAAGAUAAUGACCGAUCAGACUACAUUGCGCUAAGCUAUUGCUGGGGCCAAGCUAGCAACCAACUGCUCACCACAUCCGACAAUUUACAAGAGCAUCUGCAACGAAUCCAGCUCUCUUCAAUGUCGAGAACUCAUGUAGAUGCCGUCAAAAUUGCACGAAGACUCGGCAUACGGUAUAUCUGGAUCGAUGCUCUUUGCAUCGUCCAGGGAGACCGUGAAGACUGGGCUCGCGAGGCAGCUUUAAUGCAUAGAGUAUACAGUCGUGCUGCCCUGACCAUUGGUUCGCUAUCAGCCUCGACGGUGGAUGAUCCGCUGUUGACCAAUCGGUCCGACAGACACCAUGUCGCUGUUCCAAUUCAAUGGCCUUUCACAACUGGUCCAUAUGCUUCUGAUGAACCGUAUCGUCUCUACAUGCUGCCUUAUUUCGCAUACUCUGACGAUUCCCUCAGCAACACCCCGCUAUCUUCGCGAGCCUGGACAUUUCAAGAACGUACACUAUCUGCUCGUUUUCUGCACUUCGGCCCGGAGCUGACCCAUUGGGAAUGUCGCAAGUCAUCUAUGAAUGAAGAUCAGGCCGUCGAAUCUAGCCAUUCUCCAUACGGCCUUGCCUUCUUCAAUACAGUCUACGAGGGCCAAGAACUGACCAAAGUGAGAUUGCUCGACGGCUGGGCGACUGCGAUUGCAGAAUAUACCAAACGACGACUAACCGUGUCGGGCGAUAAGCUUCCCGCAUUAGCUGGAGUAGCUCGGGUAUAUGGCGAGCAGCAGAAGCUGGGCGGAUACAUCGCCGGUCUCUGGGAGGAGCAGUUCCCAAAACAUCUUCUCUGGCAGGCCGAUCACAGCGGUGGCAUUGAGCAUAGAAGAGUGGAGCCCUACCGCGCCCCGACCUGGUCCUGGGUCAGCAUUGAUGGCCCCGUCGUGAACCCGGCCAUCCAAAGGGCGUUUUCUGGGAUGCAAAUGCUGGACGACAAUGGCUACGAGACCAGGCAUACCUAUCGUCUGGCGGAUAUUUCUGCCACCGUGGAUAGGGACGAUGCCGACGAUUACGGCAUUGUUAAUAGUGGGCAUAUCAAGGCGCGCGGGGUCCUUCUCCAGUUGGAUUGCAAGAAACGAUCGAUGGCACCCACGGGGGAUGUGAGCAGUCCCGGUAUCGAGCUACGGAUGCGAGCGUGCAGGGUGGGUGACAGAAGUCUAGACAUAGGAGGACUGUCUCUGGGUUCAUGCGUCUUGGAUGUGCAAACUGACCAGAUGCCGUUCACUGUGUGGAUAUUCCCGAUCCUCUUGUGCACAGUAAUCACCCUUGAAGACCGUCACCAGCUAUGCGAGGUUCUCGUCUUGAAGGAUGUAUCCUCUACUCACCAGACAAGUUUCACUGGUAAAGUAUUUGAAAGGAUUGGUAAGGGUAGGGUGCGUCACUUUCUAGACCAAAGGUCAGUAGAAGACUUUACCAUUAUUUAG